AUGCCCGUUGUACUGAAUGUUGGCGGAAAGAAGUUCUAUACCUCGCUCGAGACACUGAGGAAGAACCCCGGUCCUCGAGACAGAAGCAUGCUCGCGGAAAUGGAUUUUGUGGAAGGAGAGGAAAUUUUUAUCGAUAGGGAUCCCACACACUUCGGGCAUAUCCUAAAUUAUCUCCGGGAUGGUAGCGUGAGUGUAAAUGGAAGUGGAAGUAUCUGUGCUCAGAUAAAGCGCGAAGCUCAGUUUUAUGGACUCGAGAGCCUUGUGCAGCACAUCGAGUGUCAAUCUCAGCACACGAUUGUGGAGACUCUUCCACGCGAAGUUUUCGAGAACCUUACGCCUGGUCCGUACUUUGCGAUACCCAUUCCUAGAAAUCAUCAUUGA